AUGUUUAGCUGGGUCAUCCAGUAUCAAUCCUGCGAGGAGGCGAUGCAGAACAGGACGACGUACGCGUGUCGCAGCGAUCAAAGCAUUUGUCUGAACGCAAACAUCACCAACUCUGUUGGCAUCCAUCUGGGAUAUCGCUGCAAAUGUACCGAUGGCUACGAAGGGAAUCCUUACGUUUCUGAUGGCUGUGAAGGUGGAAUCCUUGGUGUAAGCACCGGCGUGGGGGUUCUUCUUCUAGGCAUAAGCUUUGUCGUCAUUUCUCGGAGAUGGAGAAAAAGAAAACAAAAAGAGACUAGAAAAAGAUACUUUCGUCAGAAUCAUGGUUUGCUGCUACAGCAAUUGAUCUCAUCCGAUGCUGAUAUAGCUGAGAAGACGAAGAUAUUCUCCUUGAAAGAUUUGGAGAAAUCGACCAAUAAUUUUGAUGACACCCGAAUCGUCGGUCGUGGAGGACAUGGAAUGGUUUACAAGGGAAUUUUAUCCGAUCAAAGGGUAGCCGCCAUCAAAAAAUCAAAAAUCGUGAAGAAGAAAGAGAUCGAUCAGUUCAUAAACGAAGUUGCUCUUCUUUCUCAAAUCAACCAUAGACAUGUGGUUAAGCUUUUCGGAUGUUGUUUGGAGACUGAAGUCCCCCUGUUGGUUUACGAAUUUAUCUCGAACGGGACGCUUUCUGAUCAUCUGCAUAUGCCAAUUGGUGAUUCAUCAUUGUCUUGGGAAGAUCGUCUGAGAAUUGCCACAGAAACCGCAGGAACUCUUGCUUAUUUACACUCAGCCGCUAGCAUCUCUAUUUUCCAUCGAGACGUCAAGUCAUCCAAUAUACUCUUAGAUGAUCAUCUUACUGUAAAAGUGUCAGAUUUCGGAGCUUCAAGAUUCAUUCCUCUCGAUCAAACACAUAUAUCUACCGGCGUGCAAGGUACAUUUGGAUAUUUGGAUCCUGAAUACUACCAAACCGGUCAACUAACAGAGAAGAGUGACGUUUCUAGCUUUGGAGUCAUCCUCGUUGAGCUUUUAACAGGCAAGAGAUCAAUUUUCCACGCCGAGGACGGAGAAAACAUGAAUCUGUCCAUGCAUUUUCUCCAAGCAGUAAGAGACGAUCGCCUCAUAGAAUUUCUUGAAGCUCGUGUUCUGAAAGAAGGGAUAGAAGAAGGGCUUCACGAAGUGAUCCAACUUGCACAGAUGUGUCUCCAACUAAAAGGAAAUGACAGGCCCACGAUGAAAGAAGUAGAGUUUAGGUUGCAGAGCUUGAGAAGGAUGAAGAAGCAGAGUAGGAAUAAUUGGACUGAAAAAGGUCACGGAGAGUCCGAAUGCCUAAAUGCAGUUUCUACUUUUCUCGGAAAGAAUAUUUACAGUAAUUCGGAUAAUAUGGCAAUUCAAGAAGCGUCAAGAAACUAUAGCUUGGAGAAAGAGAUGAUGUCAUCACUAAAUUACUCACGGUAAGCAUAUUAAUGUUCUUGAUAAGUAGAUGAUGCUUUG